GUUACAGCGUUCUGCAUUGUGCGAGCGGGCGGGCUAGCGGGCGGGAGCCCGGGAUCCCGAGGAGACGCGGAGGGCUCCGGCGUCGGCACAGGCGCUGGCGGUCAGGGGCCUCGGCCUUGCCCGGCGACCUGGGACGUCAGACCACCGCCCCUCCCCGGGCCGGCCGGCCCGGACGCGUCCCGAGUCAGGGGUGCGCAGACCGGGCGCGAUGCGGAGGGGCAGGCCCGUGACGCAGUCUCCUCCGGCAGCCCCGGGGUCCGCCUGCCCGGCGCGGCCUCCCGCAGCUCAGCACCCUCUCAGCCCAGCGGCCGCCCGGGCUGCGCUGUCGGCCCGAAGGCCUCAGGCGGCGGGGUUGAGUGCAGCCGGGGUCCUCGCGCCUUCCAGGCCUCUUGCAGGGACACCUUGCACGCGAUGGAUGCGCCCCUUCUCCGCGGCUUCCUAGGCCCGAAUCCUAUUCUAAGAACACAGACACUCAGGUAUCUACCAUGGUGUUGGAUCCUGAAGAAAAGACGCUAGAUGAUGGUGCUUCUGGAGACCAUGGAGACUCUGCCAGUCUUAGUACCAUCAACCCUGCCUACAGUAACUCCUCCCUCCCACAGUCCACUGGGGACUCAGAGGAGCCGUUCACCACCUACUUUGAUGAGAAGAUCCCCAUUCCUGAGGAGGAGUACUCUUGUUUUAGCUUUCGGAAACUCUGGGCAUUCACGGGACCUGGCUUUCUUAUGAGCAUUGCCUACCUGGAUCCAGGAAACAUCGAAUCUGAUUUGCAGUCUGGAGCAGUGGCUGGAUUUAAGUUGCUCUGGGUGCUUCUGCUGGCUACCAUCGUGGGGCUGCUGCUCCAGCGCCUGGCAGCUCGACUCGGCGUGGUCACCGGCUUGCAUCUUGCUGAAGUGUGUCACCGUCAGUAUCCCAAGGUCCCUCGGAUCAUCCUGUGGCUGAUGGUGGAGUUGGCUAUCAUCGGUUCUGAUAUGCAGGAAGUCAUUGGCUCUGCCAUCGCCAUCAAUCUCCUCUCUGUAGGAAGGGUUCCCCUGUGGGGUGGAGUUCUCAUCACCAUCGCUGAUACUUUUGUAUUUCUCUUUUUGGACAAAUAUGGCUUGCGGAAGCUGGAAGCAUUUUUUGGGUUUCUCAUCACUAUUAUGGCCCUCACAUUUGGAUAUGAGUAUGUUACAGUGAAGCCCAGCCAGAGCCAAGUGCUCAGGGGCAUGUUCGUGCCGUCCUGUUCGGGCUGCAGCACUCCGCAGAUUGAGCAGGCUGUGGGCAUCGUGGGAGCUGUCAUCAUGCCACACAACAUGUACCUGCAUUCUGCCUUAGUCAAGUCUAGACAGGUCAACCGGGCGGAUAAGCGGGAAGUGCGAGAAGCCAACAAGUACUUCUUCAUUGAGUCCUGCAUUGCACUGUUUGUCUCCUUCAUCAUCAAUGUCUUCGUCGUCUCCGUCUUUGCUGAGGCAUUUUUUGGGAAAACCAAUGACCAGGUGGUUAAUGUCUGUAGAAAUAACAGCAGCCCCCAUACUGACCUCUUCCCUAAUGACAACUCAACUCUGGCUGUGGACAUCUACAAAGGGGGUGUUGUGCUUGGAUGUUACUUCGGGCCUGCAGCACUCUACAUCUGGGCAGUGGGGAUCCUGGCUGCAGGGCAGAGCUCCACCAUGACAGGAACCUAUUCUGGCCAGUUUGUCAUGGAGGGAUUCCUGAAUCUCAGAUGGUCACGCUUUGCCCGAGUGAUUCUGACACGCUCUAUUGCCAUCAUCCCCACGCUGCUUGUUGCUGUCUUCCAAGAUGUAGAGCAUCUGACGGGGAUGAAUGACUUCCUGAAUGUUCUGCAGAGCUUACAGCUUCCCUUUGCGCUCAUACCCAUCCUCACGUUGACAAGCCUGCGGCCAGUAAUGCAUGAGUUUUCCAAUGGGAUAGGCUGGAGGAUCGCUGGCGGAGUCUUGGUCCUUCUCGUCUGCUCCAUCAACAUGUACUUUGUAGUGGUUUAUGUCCAGGAACUAGGGCACGUGGCACUGUAUGUGGUGGCUGCCGUGGUUAGCGUGGCUUAUCUGUGCUUUGUGUUCUACUUGGGUUGGCAGUGUUUGAUUGCAUUGGGCCUGUCUUUCCUGGACUGUGGGCACACGCACCACCUGGGAUUGACGGCUCAGCCUGAACUCUAUCUUCUGAAUGUCGUGGACGCCGACUCGCUUGUGUCCAGAUGACGAACAGCCUGAGGGACUUUGAGAACCCGCUCCCUCAGCCCUUUUGUGCCAAAUGUUUGUUAACAAAUCUCUGUUAGUUCAGAGGUGACUGUUCAAAUGUUUUGAACAAAGGCAAAGAUUUCCUCAUGGCAUCAGAGGUAAAAGCGAACAGCUAUGUAUGGGUCAGAGACCCCCCCUCGCCUCCAACAGUCAUACAGUGAGUUUACGUCAGUGAGGGGUUAGCAACGGGCCUGUGGCAGUCCUGUAUUCCCACAGGCUUGUGUCUGCACUUCUGGGAUUUAAAAAUGUAUGAAUAUGUAUUUAUGUGAACCCGAACGUGCCAGUUUGGGUAAGAUUUUAAGGUUAUAAAGAUUGAUAGAUUUUUAAAAAAUGUUGUUCGGGUGAAUUAAGUAUUUGUUUUAUCAGGAUCAUAAGUGAGAAAGGGAAUGGGUCUUUUUAACAUUGAACUUUGUAAAUUAACUAUCCUUUAAAGUGCUGUUUACUACACUG